AUGGUACCAAAGCAGAUCAUUUUAAAGCUUUACAGUCAGGGAACUAUUGGAGUCGAACUGUAUUGGAAACACGCACCCAGAACAUGCAUGAAUUUUGCAGAACUUGCCAAACGCGGCUACUACAAUGGUGUCCCGUUUCAUCGCAUCAUCCGAGACUUUAUGAUUCAGGGCGGCGACCCCACUGGAACUGGUCGUGGCGGAGCGUCUAUUUACGGAAAUUAUUUCGAAGAUGAAAUUCAUCCAGACCUAAAACACACAGGCGCGGGCAUCAUCUCUAUGGCAAAUGCAGGACCUAAUACUAAUGGAAGUCAGUUUUUUAUCACUCUUGCCCCAACUCAGUGGCUGGAUGGAAAACAUACCAUUUUUGGUCGCGUGGCAUCCGGAAUGAAAGUCGUUCAACGAUUAGGUAUGGUUGAUGUCGACCAGUUGGACAGACCCAGAGAUCCCGUAAAGAUUGUCCGUGCAAGCACAGCCAUGGCCUUGUAA